AUGACCUAUACGAGUUGUUCAGUUGGAGACACAGUUGACUUGGUGUGUACGUCAGAGGGCGGUAAUCCAGUCCCUGACCUGACAUGGUUUCGUGGUGAAGAGGAGCUUGAGGAAAAUGAAGGUCUUCGCUACGCAGUUCAUCGCCAGAUCCUACGACCACAAGACACUAAUAUGAAAUAUACAUGUUUGAUGCGAGGUUCAAUGAUCACUACACGACGUGCAUGUUCAAUUCGACCAAUGGAUGUACCCUCUAAGGUCCAGAUAGAGCCAUCGGUGAACUCUGUCAAGGUUGGAGAAACAGCCACUUUCACUUGCGCAUUGAUUACUACUAGCAAUGUAGGUGUAAGGGGUUACUCCUGGAAUGUAGAACCAUCAGUAAGAGACAUUCACCAGAACAUACCUGGUAGGAUGCAGCUAAUGCACAAUGACAAGGUGUUAGAGAUACAGAACAUUCGUGAAGAGGAUGAUAAUACACUGGUGACUUGCCAGGCGCAGACAAUCAAUGGAGAGUUGCUUACCGGUACUGCCACAUUGGUAAUUUCAAUUGAACCUACAGGGAUGACGACCGAUAAUCCAGACUUAACGACUUUUAUUCUCAACGGUGGUAAUGAUAUGAACACGGAUGAGGCUGAUUGGCAAAGUGCAAUGAAGCCAACACAAAAAGGUACCGAGUUUCCAAACAUCGUUAAGAUCAAUGGCUCAAAUGUCACUGUUGGUAUGAAACCAAAAAUUCCAGCAUUCCUAACCGGGAGGACAUUUAUCAUGAUUUCAUCUGCUGCAGGAGCAUUCAUCUUUAUCGUCACUAUCGUGAUCAUAGUCGUCGUUAAAGUUGUGCGACGACGUAAAGGCAAACGAAUCCCGAUCACAUCUCCUAUAACUGUAAUGGAGCACGGUGGAAACGAUGCCUACGCAACUAUUCUUGAGAUGAAACGUCAGACCGGAAGUACCUACAAGGGAUCUUCUACACUCCCAAUUCUCAAGUCUGAACGUAAGAUUGGUCUUCCAGACAUGAUGCGAGGUGGUAGUAGCCUUUCAUUGGCAGCUCGUAACGCAACAUCCAGAGGAAAUAUCACCGAGCGUUCUCCUCUAUAUGCAAAGCCUGAAAAAAUCCGAAACAGCAAACAUGGGCUCUUUGGUGAUUCCAAAAGACAGAGUCUGGAGGAAUCGGCAGAGGAACCAGGAGUCAUAGAACCCAAACAAGAUGGUGAUGAAGAAAAUAAAGCAAAGGAAUCUUUGAAUCAAGAUCUGAAUGCUGAGGGGUUAAUCUACGCAGAUCUUGUUCUCGGUGAAAAGGACACACAUUUUACAUCAAAAAGGGGAACUCAAUAUGCCAGUAUUGUACCAUCCGGGAAACCAUAGAGCUAUAAUGGGCACAUGAUGUUAUCAACGCUACGCUACAUUAAUUUGAAGAGACAUUCAAGAUUAGCUUUGAAACCAAGGUUCUAUUUUCAUGACAAUUCUCAUGAAUGAGACUCCUUUUCUGAUAAUUCUCCUGGAAUUGCUUUCGAGAAACAUUUUAUAGUCAAUUUAUCAAUGAAAUUCAUGUUCUCAAUAUUUGUUUAUAAAUAUUUGCACUAAGCACUGUUUUUUGUCGUAGUUCGUACUUUUCAUGUAAAUUUAUCCGUAGUAUGGUAAACCCAAGUGCAUUUACAUUAAUGCUUUUGUAUUGUUGUAAAUAUUUAUUCAUAUUAUUUUGUAACAACUAAAUGCUGGUCCAUUUGGAAACCAAAGCAAGUACUCUUUAAUGUUACUCUUUAACAUGAAUAUGAAAGAUUUAUCUCUAAUUGUCCUUGGCAUUAAUAGAGAGUUAUUGCAGUGGACUCUGUUUACAUCAGAGGCAAUAUACUGUGUCAGACGUGUUAGUCAGUGAUCGUAAUAAAAUUUCCUAGGCAAUUCUGAUUACCAAUGUCACACGCCCAAUAGCAGCUAAAGAAGGCCAACAUAUUCAUUCUAACAAAACCAUUCCGAAGAUUUGUUUUAAUUUGAUAUUUGUCUAGACUGCAGGUCCCUAUGCUUAUGAGCAAAUAAGCGAGAUUUAUUCAAAUCCUCUAGUGGCUGAAUUCACUCCCCAGCAAGAUCUCGUGAAUUGUGGGUCUUUCUUUCUCAAAGAAUUUUACCACCUCAUCUUCAAGUUAAAUUGAAUGUUAUUCCACCAUAGGAAAGAGUAAAUGUUACUCUCUUUAUAUUGGUCUUUUAUUUCGAAUUUAAAAAUAUGAAUAUAAGUGAAUUCUAGGCCUGAAAAGAUGACUCAGAACGGAAUUAUUUUCAUUUUUUGAGCCUAUCAUCAUGAAACUCGUUCUCUGUACUUUCUUACAAUAUCACUCUUGAUAUGUGGCGCCUUGGAAAUGGGUCAAUAUCCAUAUUUUGCCGACAAGAUACAAGACCAUGUUUCUCUAAUUGAUGAGUAGCAUGGAAUCCAUAGUUCUGAAUUGCUGGAUGAUGUUUCAACAGAAGAGGCGCGGGUAAUUUGAAGAUAUUUACCGCAUGUUGAGUGUGAGAAUGGAGGGCCCCACCAUGGAAACCGUUGGAAUUCGGGUGGGCGUGUGGUCUCUUUGACCAAUCUAAGUGCAUAUUCUUGUUUUCAAGCUGCAAAAUGUAACUGGCCUAUUAAUAGGUGGAUCUUUACCCAUUUGAAACACAUUUUUUCUACAAUCUAUAUCACAUUAAAGCUUAGAUCUUAAGCUUCUUAUUGAUCUAAAAUCAUUUGGGCUCAAAUAGAAAUAAAGAGUAAAAUCAAAAACUUUAGACGGAAUGUUACACUUGAGUGAGCUCUGUUAAUUUUUGUAAAGCUUGCAGAAGUCGGUUUGCGCAGGAAAACUCAUUUGCAUGCUGUGUCAAACAAAAAAGGCGAAAACAAACUGAAUGUGAGAUACAUUUCUAAAUAUUUAUUUUGCAAUUUUCGCGAAACGAAAUAAAUUAGAUACAUUUACAUAUUUUGUAAAAACAUUGCCACCCAAAUUAACAUUUUAACCCUAAGUAAGAACAACCUUUCACCCUUUUUUUUGUGGCAGCUGGAUCAGGGGACACAACUGAAUGUAAACAAAAAAGUGGGACAACAUUUCAUAUUUCAUUUAUUACUUGUUCCUCCACACUUUACCUCAGCUUGAUUAGGAUUACCAAACCUUAAAUCAAGCCUAAGCCAUUUAAUGUGAACCACAGCUCUGUGUAAAGCAGAUUAUCAUCACGAUGGCCUCGGUGUGUGGGGAAGGGGGGGGGGCACAAUGACGCUCUAUGAAGUGUUUAGGGCAAGGAAACAAGCAAAAAAGGUAAAAUGUAUCUUCAAAUCAAUCUUCCUAGCUAAAGUAAAUGUUUCCUUCCUGAUUAACGUGUACUUUUAUUUUCAAGCUCUGCGCCAAUCAUUUUCCACGAACCUUUCAAAAGUAUGUGGUGCUCACUCAAGCCAAACUUGCUCGAAGAUAUCUAUACCAAUGUUUGAAUGUGGAAAAAGCUUCAGGAUAUUACAAAUAUAUAAGCCCCAGUCACAUAUAGACACGGAUCCUCACGGAUGUACACGGACCAUGCCGGCAGAGCACGUCGUCAACACGGACCAACACGUCAGCAACACGGACCUACACGUCAGCAACACGGACCAACACGUCAGCUACACGGACCAACACGUCAGCUACACGGACCAACACGUCAGCUCAAGGACCAACACGGCAGCUAUAUUGACCAGCACGUCAAAUGAAAAUCUGCUCAUAAUAAUGAGCUGAUAUUUAUUUUUUUUUUUUCUCAUCCUUGUCGCAACAUUAAAAUCUGUUGUUUUUUAAAAAAGAUAUCAAAACUCAAAACUUCCUUAAUCAGUAAAAACGCGUUUUUUUAUACAACACAGUUUACUGUUUUAACAGUAGAUGUUGAGUACUUUAAAUCUUGAAUGACAAAGUUAAUUUUGAUUUGAUUUGAUAUCACUUUAUUGAAAUCAGAAUAAAGGAAAGAAAUUUACAAAGUCAAUAGAAAACAUAAUAAGAAUUAAGAUAGGCCCAGGUCAUGACGCAUAACUGUCGAUGCAGGGCAGUAGUAUGAAACUUAAUGUACAAUUUCGAUGUAACAGGUACAUAACAAAUACAUAUGACAUAUAAAAAAAAUGAAAUGUGAAAUAAUAAUAACAGACAAGGUUGGGGGUAAAUAUUAGAGAAAAAAAGAGAAAAAAAAUUUAUUAAUACAUUCACUAAGUUUACAAAUAUUAGGUUGGGGCCAAUCUCCAAAGCGUAAGAAAGUAUCCUGAAUUAUUUAAUCAUCCAUGUAAUCAUAAAUAAAUUAAGCAUGUUUUUGCCAACUGUUUAACAACUACUGAAAAGUUCAUAAAGUAAAUAGCGUUGAAAAGAUUUGAUGGGAAAAAGAACACGGACUGCCAAGGAUACUCCAGGCAGCCACACGGACCUACACGGCAGCCACACGGCAGCUACACGGACCAUCCCGGAUGGCUUUGCCAACCCGGCAGUCCACGGAUGACGCCGGAUGUUUUUGACAGUCAAAAACUGCCGUGUUGGCCUCCCGGACGUUCAAGGACCAACACGGACCACCCCGGACCUCCAAGGAUGCCCAAGGC